GCCAAAUCCUCACAUCUAAAUAUCACUAUCCAAGUCCCAUAAAGGAAACACAAAUAAUUAGUCAUGAAGCUUGAAAGAGAGAACACAUACACCCUUCGAACUUCACUCAUGAUCUUGAUUAUCUUGUUAUACACAACAUCAAUAAGAGCUCAAGAAGUUGAGGAUGAGAGAGAGUUUGAUUAUAUUGAAGGAAGUGAAAAGGGACCACAUCAUUGGGGGGAGCUAAAAGAAGAAUGGGCAGCUUGUAAACAUGGAGACAUGCAAUCUCCCAUAGAUUUGUCUAAUGAGAGAGUCAAAAUUAUUCCAAACUAUCGUCAAGUUAUCAAGACCAAAUAUAAAUCUUCUAAUGCCACUAUUAUCAAUAGAGGCCAUGAUAUUGCGGUAUUUUGGAGGGGUGAUGCUGGCUCAAUAAGCAUCAAUGGAACCAAAUUCUUUUUGCAUCAAUGUCAUUGGCACUCUCCUUCUGAACAUUCCAUCAAUGGCAGGAAAUAUGACUUAGAGAUGCACAUGGUGCAUAUAAGUCCAAAUCCUAAGGGAAACAAGAUUGCUGUGGUUGGUGCUUUCUUUAAAAUUGGUCGUCCCAAUUCUUUUCUCUCUCAGUUGGAAGAAGACAUAAAACACAUGGUUGAUGAAGAAGAAGAAGAAAGAGUAAUAGGAGAUAAAGAUCCCUCACAAAUCCAAACAAAAGGCAAGAUAUAUUAUAGAUAUGUUGGUUCACUCACAACUCCUCCUUGCACUGAAGGUGUCAUGUGGAACCUUGACAAGAAGAUAAGGACAGUUUCAAAAGCACAAGUGGAUCUUUUGAGGCAGGCAGUGCAUGAUCAUGCAGAGAUGAAUGCAAGGCCAAGGCAGCCACAUAACAAUAGAGACAUACACCUACACAAAUACUACCCAUUCAAACAAAGCAGCACAACAAAGAACUAAAUUCUGAGCUUACUCCUGCUGCACAGCAAGUCAUAAUGAUGAUGAUGAUGAUGUUUAUCAGUUUAUGUGUUGAACUUUCUGAUUGUUGUCGUAAUUUAUAUACAACGUAAUAGUUUGUGGUCGUAAUACUCUAAAAAUCUAGAAAUAUAUUUGGUUUGUUCCUUGUUUUUAA